GCGGCUAUUAUCCUUCGGAGCGGCGAGUGCGCAUCGCAUCGGCACAGCCCCCCACCACCAUACGGAAAGAAGGCUCCUCUCCUCCGCGGCUCCACACCACACCACACCAUUGCUAGAUACUAGAAGCAAGGGGCUUCCCCGGGGCGCUGAGGCGGAGGCCGCGGCGAUGGGCUCCGCCGUGUCGUCGAGCAUGGCGCUCGCGCUCGCGGGCUUCUGCUUCAGCGUCAUCUUCAUCGUCUUCGUCUGCACCCGCCUCGCCUGCGCGCUCCUCCGCCGCCGCCGGGCCCGCUCCCGCCGCGCCACGUCGCUCCCGCAGUUCGCCGUCGCCCACUACUCCUUCGCUGCCCACGCCGCCCGCCUUUCCGCCGCCGGCGGCGCCGGCCUCGAUCCCGCCGCGGUCGCCGCCUUCCCCACCCGCGCCUUCGCCACCGCCGCAGGGGGCGCCUCCGACGCCGAUUCCCAGUGCGUCAUCUGUCUUGCGGAAUACGAAGAGAAAGAUGUGCUACGCAUUCUACCUUACUGCAGCCAUAAUUUCCACAUGGCCUGUAUAGAUUUGUGGCUGGAGCAGAACACAACCUGCCCAGUCUGUAGAGUCUCAUUGCUUGAUAUCCCUGAUAGCGAACAGACCGCACCUCCUCCACUACCCAGCAUAGUGAUCAGCUAUCCAAGCUCACCUGAGUCGUCAAGAUCGGAUCCGUGUCGCUGCCUGUUUGUCAGCGCAGGACAUUCAUCCAGGGCACCAGAGGCUCCAAGACAUGAGCCCGACCAGGAGAAUCAGGUGGUAUCCGCACCAUCAAUGGAUGGGGCUAACAACACGGCCUUGUCUGAAGUUAACCCCCCGCCUGAAAAUAACAACCAAACAGUAAGAAAGCAGGUGGACAGAUCUACCCAGCUAGGGCCCUGCAAAUAGCAGCUGCUUUGGCGCCUCUGCUGUCUCGGUUCUGCAUAGAACUGCAGGGCGAAGUUCCAGUAAAAUAUGAAACAUCUGUACUGGUGGAUGGCUGUUGUAGGUUCAGCUUUGAGGGGUUUGUUGUAAAUAUGAGAAAUCAUUCAGGUUUCUUGUUGGAGAAAGAAAAGAGGGAGCGCAUUUUAUUAUUUUUGAGUCAUACAGAAAACAGCAAAUUGCAUCCAAAGUCUUCUCACAUUUUUAUGUGGUAGCCCCAGCCCACAGAGAGAUGAUUGUUACAGCAGCAGUACAUUUGCUGUAAGCUGCUACCUGUUGUUGCCAUGAGCAAAUAGGAUGGAGGGAAUCUUGAUUCUUGAACA